AUGGAUGACAGCUGGAAGGACCCCAGCAACUUGCAGACCAAGUUACAGAAGCAUCAGACAUUUGAGGCGGAGAUCAAAGCGAAUCGCAACCGGCUGGAUGCCAUAAAAGCUGAUGGAGAGAAGAUGCUGCAAGCUAAUCAUUAUGCAUCUGAAGUCAUUCAGACAAGACUCAAUGAAAUGGAAGAGCUUUGGGUUGAACUUCAGGAAAAAUGUGAUGAAAAAGGAAACAAGCUCCAGGAUGCUUAUAAGGCACAGCAGUUUCAGAGGAGCAUUGAUGACUUGGAGAAGUGGUUGGACCAAGUGGAAGCCAAGCUGGAUUCUGCUAAUAAAACUAAAGAUCUAAUAACACUUGAGAAACUUGGCGAGCUUGAAGAGAGCAUCGCAAGCCAUGGGGAGAGACUGCAAGUCCUGGCAAAUAAGACUCGUGAAUUCCGACAAGAAGGACACUUCCUGGCAGAUGAAUUGGAAGACAGAGUCAGAAUUCUAGUUCACAGGUACAAGAGCCUUAAUGAUCCUCUACAGGAAUGCAGAGCAGCUCUGGAAAGCAAGAAUCUACUUGAUCAAUUUUUCCGGGACAUCGAUGAUGAGCUAUCAUGGAUACAAGAAAAGAUGCCUCUCGCCUCCUCCAAGGAGUGUGGACAAUCACUGACUACUACACAAGCCUUAGUGGAGAAGCACCAGAAUUUGGAAAAUGAGAUCAGCAGCCGUGAGGCUUUGACCAAAGCUGUGAUGGGCACUGGGCGCAAGCUGGUAAGAGGCAACCAUUUCGCUAGCAAAGACAUUGACGAGCGGCUGCAUCAGCUGGAAGUGGCUGUAGAAACAUUAAAAGCCGAAGCUGAACGUAGGAGAAUAAGGCUGACACGGGCCUGCGAAGCCCAGCAAUUUCUCACAGAGCUUUUGGAGGCUGAAGUGUGGAUGGCAGAGCGAGGCUUUGUCAUUAAAUCACCUGAUAGUGGUAAGAACCAGGAAUCCACACAAACACUGCUUCGCAAGUUGGACACCACCAUCCGUGACCUGGAAGGUUUCUCUCUUAGAAUUGAAAAAUUAAGAGACACGGGCAAAACCUUGCAAAUUGACAGCGACAGCCCAGAAAGGUAA